AACUCAAAGUUUGUUUUCGAUACCUUAAAAACAUCGAAAUAAAAGCUUUUCGAUUUGCUUUCGAUAGAAAAAAUGAUGGGUUUUCGUCUGCCAAUGCGUAUCGUUAAUGCUAAGAGAAUUCUUCGAGCAUCGUCAACAGCGGAUGUUCCGAAAGGAUACUUUGCGGUGUAUGUAGGAGAAUGUCAAAAGAGAUUUGUGAUACCGGUGUCAUACUUGAACAAUCCUUUGUUUCAAGAGCUAUUGAGUUUGUCCGAAGAAGAGUUCGGUUACGACCAUCCGACCGGUGGUCUUAGAAUUCUUUGCGGCGAAGACGUUUUCGUUGAUCUUGCUUCUCGUUUGAACGGGAUUAACUAAAAUUUGGUCGAUGAAUACUGUUUCUUUUUGUUCUUUUUUUUUUUUUUUAAGCAAACACCAUUGCUAAAUUGUACACUAUUUUUUUUCACCUCACUUUUUUUUGCCUUGGGAGAAGGUUAACAAGUCUCUUGAGUGAGGAAAUAAGAGGUGGAUUUGUUGUAAUUUGCAACUAAUUAAUUCUUUCAAUUUCUUAAUAUAA